AUGUCGUUCACCCAAGCCGCUAUGGCGGCAGCGGUAACUGCUGCCGUUACCGCCGCCGACAACGGGACUCAUGAUGAACCGAACCCCUCUGAUCCACGCAAAUCAACACGGAACAUAUACACACAGCUUGUGAUUAGUUCGGCCUUGGGGAUAACUGCUUUUUUAGCGUUCUGUCUUCUGCGGCCGAAAUGGACGGAGUUAUACGCGGCUCGAAGGCGACAGCGCCGUGCGGCCCUACACCUACCGGAGCUCCCUGAUAGUUUCUUCGGAUGGAUUCCGGUGCUGUAUCACAUAACUGAAGAGCAGGUCUUGCAAUCUGCGGGGUUGGAUGCGUUUGUUUUCCUCUCCUUCUUAAGAUUUGCGAUCCGAUUCCUAUCAACCGUUUUUGUUUUUGCCGUGGUUGUCCUUCUUCCAAUUCAUCACAGCUACACGGGGAAGUGGGGCCUUUUGGACUGGGACAAAGAUCUUGAUAAUAGCAAGGAUAAGAAGAAGGACUUUUCCAAGGAUCCGAAGUAUCUAUCGGCAUAUGUGGUCUUCGCCUAUAUUUUCAGCGGCCUUGCUGUAUACAUGCUUCUUCAAGAAACCAAGAAGAUUAUCAACAUCAGGCAGAAAUACCUCGGUGGCCAAACAAGCACCACUGACCGGACAAUCCGGUUGUCAGGAAUUCCUCCUGAAAUGGGCACUGAGGAAAGUAUCAGAAAGUUUAUUGAAGGGUUGCGUAUCGGAAAAGUGGAAAGCAUCACCCUUUGUCGAAACUGGAGUUCUCUGGAUCAUUUGAUUGAGGAGCGCGUCAAGGUCUUGCGGAAUUUGGAAAAGUCUUGGGUCAAAUAUCUGGGCUACAAACGGGUCAAGAAAGCUGGCGACACGUUACCAUUAAGGCAUCAGCAGCCGCCUAAUUCAACCUUAUUUUCGGAGGACGACCCCCUUCUCUCGAAUGAGCAGGAAGACUCAUAUGAUCAUGCUGGAAAUCGACCGACGGUUCGCAUCUGGUACGGCCGUUUCAGAUUACAGUACCGGAAUGUUGAUGCCAUCGACUACUACGAGGAGAGGCUCCGCAGGCUCGACGAGCAGAUUCAGGACGCGCGUCAGAAGGAGUACCCGCCCACUGAGCUUGCAUUUGUGACCAUGAAAUCUAUCGCUGCUGCGCAAAUGCUGGUCCAGGCUAUUCUCGAUCCCCAUCCUAUGCAGCUUCUCGCCCGGCUGGCUCCUUCCCCAGCGGAUGUUGUUUGGAAGAACACAUACAUGCCACGGUCAAGACGAAUGCUGCAGUCAUGGUCUGUCACUAUAGCUAUCGGCUUUCUGACUGUUUUCUGGUCAGCACUAUUAUUUCCUAUCGGAACUCUUCUGCAACCGGAAACCCUCGGAAAGGUGUUCCCUCGGUUAGUUGAAAUUCUGAAAGAGCACCCUCUGGCAAUGUCACUUGUCCAGACUGGUCUUCCCACUCUGGCUUUCUCGCUGUUGACUGUUGCUGUGCCCUAUAUUUAUAAUUGGCUCGCAAACCACCAGGGGAUGAUAUCUCGUGGGGAUAUUGAACUGUCCGUGAUCUCGAAGAGUUUCUUCUUUUCAUUCUUCAACCUGUUCGUCAUCUUUACGGUCAUCGGGACUGCUACCAACUUCUACGGCCUUUGGGAGCACCUUCGAGACAGGCUGAAAGAUGCGAACACCAUUGCGCUUGCUCUCGCCAAAUCCCUAGAGGGCCUUGCUCCAUUCUAUACAAACCUUCUCAUUCUCCAAGGCGUGGGUUUGUCGCCACUCCGGCUCUUGGAAUUCGGCAGUGUGCUCAUGUACCCCAUCAAUUUCUUGACCGCUAGGACGCCGCGGGAUUUUGCCGAGCUCUCUGCGCCACCCACAUUCAGCUACGGUUACUCAAUCCCACAGACGAUUUUGAUCUUGGUGAUCUGUGUGGUUUACAGUGUAUUCCCAAGCUCGUGGCUGAUCAGCUUUUUCGGUCUGAUCUACUUUGUACUUGGCCACUUCAUCUACAAGUAUCAACUGCUCUAUGCUAUGGACCACCGACAGCACUCUACAGGGCGAGCAUGGCCGAUGAUCUGUAGCCGAGUCCUCGUGGGCUUGGUAGUCUUUCAGCUAGCUGUAGCUGGAACACUUGCUCUUCGCGCCGCCAUCACCCUGUCAUUGUUGACCGUUCCCUUGCUGGCUUCGACCGUGUGGUGUUCAUACUACUUCACGCAGUUUUACGAACCCUUGACGAAGUUUAUAGCUUUGAAAAGUAUUUACAAUGAUGCUGUUGCGUCGUCUUCCGGGGACCUUUCGCCUGUUGGAGAGAUUGGAGGAAAUAACUCGGAGUCCGCGUCCUCCACCUUCUCCCCGCCACUGGGACUCGACAGAGAUUCACUGCCUGUACGAGUUGGCAAUCAAGUGCUGGGUCUGAAGCUCAGGAAGUACCUAAACCCUAGCCUCAUACUGCCCCUUGAGAGUGCGUGGCUUCCCGGGCGUAAUCCUAUGCCUGAGCUUCAGGAAGGGUUCGAAUAUUUUCAUGUCCCUUCCCACGUAUAUAGAGAGGCCAGAAGGGACGAUGAGGACCCGAACAAUGUUGCUGUCUAA